GUUACUCGUCGCCGCCGGAGCGGCCUGAGGCAAAGAGGGAAAGAUGUCCGGACGGCCCAAGCCGCGCACCGCCGCCAACGCCGAGCGUGGUACCGUGUCGGUCAACGAGCGAGUCCUACGCGAGUGCCACUCUCUCUACAGCGAGCCCGACACCGGACUAAUUGACAUCAUGUCCCGUCUGGGGAUGCAGCUCACUCCCCCCCGGAAGAAGAUGACGGUGAUGUUGAUGGGGAAUCACUCGGCUGGAAAAAGCUCGUUCAUCAACUGGUACGUGGAGGAACACAUCCAACGCACAGGCGUGGCCAUCGAGACUCAGGGCUUUACUUUCGUCACCAGUGGCCGCAAGAGGGAAUCACUGACUGGGAAUGCAACGCUCCAUCUGUAUCCACACUUCAAACCACUGCAGAACAUUGAAGGAGUGUCGGAGUACCUCAGCACAGAGAUCUCCACUUCGAAGCAGAAGAAGUUCAGCCUGGUCACGUUCAUCGAUACUCCAGGACUGGUCGAUGGCGACAUGAAGUACCCAUUCGAUGUGGACCAAGCUAUCCUUUGGCUGGGGCAACUGUGUGAGCUGGUGUUCGUUUUCUUCGACCCCAUGGGUCAGGCACUGUGCAAGCGGACACUGAACAUUGUGGAGCGGCUCAAUGAGACCCAGGGGGACAAAAUCCGAUUCUACCUCAGCAAGGCCGACGAAGCAGGGAUCGAGACCGACCGGCAGCGAGUGAUGAUGCAGAUCGUCCAGGAACUGUGCAAACGGCCCGGUCUGAACAAAUGUGGCUUCGACAUGCCCACCAUCUACAUCCCCCAAUCCAACAAGCCCAGUCGGUGUGUGAAUCAGAUUGAUGAGGUCUGUCGCACCAUCGAAAAGGCCAUCAGCCAGACGGUGCAGAAGACCCUGAACCAGCUGGAGCGCGAUUGUCUUCUCCUCACCAGCACGGUGGACCAGAGGCUACAGGAGGACAGUCUGGCCAGUGUCCGCAACCGGAGAGCCCAGACCAAGGGCUGCCUGCUGGGAUUUCUAGGUCUGCUGGUGCCCACCUUCCUGUUUGUCAGCGUGGUGCUGGGAAGUAUGUCCACAGAGGUGGCCGGUAUCCUGCUGGGCGAACAAGGGACCCAGACAUUACAAGUUUACAUGAGUCCUGUCUCAACUUUCUGGGCCCUGAUUCCCCGGGACAAGGUAAUCUACGUCCUGCUGGCGCUCGCCCUGCUCUCCCUAGGACUACUGCUGUCGGCCCACAGCUCCUUCCGGACAACCAGAACCCUGAGUAGGAGGCAGAGGAGGCAACUGCUGGCAGAGCGAGAGUUCGUACAGGACGUGGUGAGGGAAAGGAAGAGGCAGCUGUAUGAGGAGUAUCUGCGGCAGAGUGUGGGAGAGCACGAGACCUUGUGACGGGUUACAUCGACUGUUCACUGUCAACUGAUCCAUUUUACCUGGUACAUUCCACAACUGGAACUCGAGACACGUACAGACACUAACAGUGUCCAUCUCUCCCAACUGACAGCACCACCUCAGAAACUGUGAAUUAAAGCAUUCCCCUCCCCCUCCCCACCCACUCCCCCUCCCCCUCUCCCUUCCUCCCUCUCCCCCUCCCCUCCCCCCUCCCUUCCUUCCUCUCACCCUCUCUCCCUCCCCUCCCUCUCUCUCCCCCUCCCUCUCUCUCCCUCUCCCCCUCCCUCUCUCCCUUCCUCCCUCUCACCCUCUCUCCCUCCCCUCCCUCUCUCCCUCCCAAGUGCCUUGCGUCUGCUUCCCUGUGCAGUGUUGGGGUCGAUGUGUGGUCAGGUGGGUAUUAGUGGAGGUUGCCCCUCCUGCUCAUCACCCGCUCCACCUCGGGUGGGAACUUGCUGAGAAUAACGUGGUUGCAACCUCCCCCCUCCUGACAUGCCACUGGUACUGCUGAUCUGCUCUGCCCUGCCCUGUACUUUCUACACUUUGUACUGACCUGAAUAAAAUCUGCAACUGUGACACAACCCGUCUUCUGGGGUGAAUGAGUGGGACAGACACACACACACACCAACCACACACAGAAACACACACACAGGGCCGAUGGAAUUCUCCCUCUCUCUCUC